AUGGCUGCUUCCAACCACGGUGAAGAAUUACAGAAUCAUAACUCGGAUGAUAGCCCAACCCAGAUCUCCAACCAGGCCGCAAAUGGAGAUGACAGUACUGGUAGAGACAUGGAUGCGGACGUGUACAAGGCGGCAGCAAUGGGGGACAUGGCAUUCCUCUUCGAGAAAAUUUCUGAAUUUCAAGUCCAAUUGAGUCCAAAGCAUAACACGAUACUCCAUAUCGCAAGCGAAUUCGGUCAAGCAUAUUGUGUGUACUUGAUGCUUCGGCUUACUUUAUGUUCAUCUCUACUGCAAGUCCCUAAUCUGAAAGGGGACACUCCGCUUCACCUUGCAGCAAGGGAAGGGCACUGGGAGGUCGUGAAUGUUCUUUUAGAGGCCGCAAGAAAACUUCAUAUUGAAACUGGGGUUGGAGUAGAUAGGGAGAUGUUGCUCACGAUGACAAAUAAGGGGAAAAACACAGCCUUGCAUGAGGCAGUGCGAUUUAACCAUUCUGAUGUGGUGAAGUUAUUGAUUGAGGAGGAACCCCGGUUUACCUAUCGUGCUAAUGAUUCAGGUACGACUCCUCUUUACAUGGCUGCGGAGAGAGGAUUUACAGGCUUGGUGAAACUAAUCAUAGACCAAAGUAGAACUUCACCCUCUUACAAUGGCUUAAUGGGUAGAACGGUCUUGCACGCUGCUGUAAUAUGCAAUGCCGUAGAAAUGACAAUGAUGAUAUUGGAAUGGAAGCCAAACCUCACCAAAGAAGUAGAUGAGAAUGGGUGGUCUCCACUUCACUAUGCUGCAGACAGAGGUUGCGAUCUAGAAAUAGUAGAGCUAUUGCUAAAAAAUUCAGAAAAGAGUGUAGCCUACCUUAGGAGCAAAGAUGGGAACAAGACUGCCCUUCAUAUUGCAUCUUUCCAUCAUCAUACAAAAAUAGUAGAGAAGAUCCUAUCUCACUCUCCUGGUUGUCGGGAGCAGGUCGAUGAUGAGGGCAAUAAUGUUUUUCACUUUGCCUUGAUGAAAAAGGGAGACGAUGAUUUUAACCCUAGUAAUUACUUUGACAAUCGUUGGUUAAGUGUGAGAGGACUUAUAAAUGAGAAAAAUGUUCAAGGAAACACACCCAUCCACCAGCUCUCUCUUAACCAAAUUUCAGAUUUUUUUUUCAUAUUCAUGCACAAAGUGGAUAAGAAGGAGUACAACAAUGAAGACUUGACAGCUUACGACAUAAUUUUGAAGGCCAAAGAGGAUAUUUCCGGGAAAAAGGAUCAGAUUCUAGAGCAGUUAGAGUGUGCUAUGCAUGAAACUGAAUCUAAGCGUUGGGAGAAGAUGAGGGAGAGAGAGAGAAAAAGGAGAGAGUCCUUGACACCCUACAACACGAUUUUGUGGGCAGGGGAAAAGGAUAUAAUUAAGCAAUUUAUGGAUGAGAAAGAAAGCAAAGAGGACAAGGAGAAACGCACCUCUGCAUUACGAGAACAAGGCAAAAACCAUUUGAUAGUUUCUGCGCUUAUAACAACAAUAACUUUUUCUGCAGGUUUCACCUUGCCCGGUGGUUACAAGGAUGAUGAUGGCAAGACAAUUUUAUCAAAGAAAGCAGCUUUCAUAAUAUUUGUUGUGAUGGAUACCAUAGCCAUGGUCUCCUCACUAUACGCUGUAUUUCUUCACUUUUUUAUGACCAUGCGUCAUCAGGAGGAGUACCUUGCAAAGCACUUGGUUUGGGCCUUUAUUUUGACCAUGAUUGGCAUGGGAGCAAUGGUGAUUGCUUUCGCAUCCGGCAUGUACGUCGUUUUACCACAUUCAUCUGCCCUUUCAUUUGUCACUUGCAUGCUUUGCUCUAGCUUUUUCCUCUCCUUUAUAUUGGAAUAUUCUCAAAAUUGGAGAGGUACGAUUUCGGACAUGUUUGGACUUACAAGAAAAACCUCUUGGCUCGGAGAAAAAAUAUUCUCUUUGUUUUUUGCGUGUUCGUUUCAAGGUCCGUGUCAGUUUAACAAGCAAAUGUCUGCACAUGUAGAUGAGGGCUCUUAGACCUUUGGAUGAGCUCUUUUUUGUAGUGGAAUUGGAACAGUAUUUUAGAUGUAAGUAGACUAUUGAAGUACUGACUUGUCUGAGCUGUGAUUAUAUAUGAAUAAGAUUAAUAAUUAUUGUCAA